ACGACUGAACCUGAACCGUGGUUGGUACCCAGCUAGUGGACAGUUCGUUGGUUCAUGGCUUCAAGUAUAUAUGGGUUUAGACCCCAUGCAUAUUGAGGGCGUCGUCACACAGGGCGAUCCAUACGGUGAUGACUGGGUGACACACUACCAGGUACAAUACAGCAUUGAUGGCACUGCAUGGCUGUAUGUUAAUGGGGACUCUACUCCACAGACAUUCAUUGGCAACACUGAUGGGAACACCCCAGUUACCAAUAUAUUCCAGCAGCCUAUUCAAGCACGGUACAUCCGCAUCAGACCUACAGCCUGGAAUGUUCGCCCAGCCCUACGUAUUGAACUCCUUGGAUGCAGAGAUGAUAUUCUUGAGACUGCCAACGGUCAAGCCUUCAUCGUUCACCAUCACACAGAUAAUAACCAAGACGAAACAAACUGCCCAAGUCUGAACAGUGAAGGAGGAUGGUGGUUUAAUAGAUGCUCUGGUAUACCUGGUGUAGAUAAUAACCUUAAUGCUGAAUAUAUACAACCUGGUGAUACGAUGGGUCCAUACAAACGAGUCAUGAGAGCUACUGAAUGGAAUGGGUCUCGUAUUGCAAAGACUGAAAUCAAAAUACGGCACCAAUCUCCACCUCGUGGCUAAACAAAGUUUCAGAAUGAAAGUUGCUAUGUCCCCUGACAAUCAAAUGAUAAGCCAACGCAGACUCGUAUAUUGGUACAAUUAUCCACCAAAUUGGUUAUCUAUUUAGCUCAGAUUUAAACAGGUAAACAAUACCGUGGUAUAUGGACUGUUCAAUCACAAAAUAGAAGCUAAGCCAACAACUAACAAAAAAAUGUUUAGCCUUUAAAGACACUGGACACUAUUGGUAAUUGUCAAAGACCAUGCACUUAUCUCGCUCGGUAUAUAUCAACAUAUUCAUAAAAUAACAAACCUGUGAAAAUUUGAGCUUGAUUGGUCGUCGUGUUGCGAGAUAACUAUGAAA